AUGGGAUAUCCACCAAAUUUUAAAAUUGUUACCAAAUCAUUAACAGAAAACAUUUUAUUAGCAUCAACUGCUUUUUCAAGAGUUGAUAAAUUCAAUUUUGGUGCUCGUAUGGCAAUUUUUAAAUUCCCUCAAACUAAUAAAAUCAUUUUAUGGUCACCAUUACCUUAUAGUCCUCAAGUAAUUGAUAUAUUAAUUAAAUUUACCAAUACUAAUACAGCAACUGCAACUACUACUGCUACUGCAACUGCUACUGCUACUGCUACUGCUACUACUAUUGAAUCUAAUUUAAAUAUUGCUUAUGUGAUAAUUCCUGAUCGUGAACAUAAUUUAGCUGCUAAAACUUAUAAAGAAAAAUUUCCUAAUUGUAAAUUAAUUGGUAUGGAAGGACUCGAUGAAAAUUCUUUGAAAUUGGAUUAUAAAUUUAUAAAACUGAUGGGUAAUAAACUUUUAAAAAAUGAUGAAUUGAAACAAAUAUUUAAAGAUGAUAAUGACAAUAAUAGUAAUUUGAUUAUUGAUAAUUUUGAAUUUGUUUAUUUACCAAAUCAUGCAAAUCAAGAAUUAAUUAUAUUUAAUAAAUCUUCAUCAACAUUAUUUGAAGCUGAUUUAUUAUUUAAUUUAGGUGUACCUGGUUCAACUCUGGGUCAAACCAUUUUAGAACAAUAUUCACCUGAAUUGGGAUUUCCUCAAGGGUUUAAUCCUCAUUCUGGUUGGUCAUUUAUAACAAGAUAUUUACAACCAUAUUCUAAAAUUGGUCGAUUUUUAUUUAGGAAACUUGUUGAUAUAAAUCAAAGUAAAUCAGGUUUAGAAGUUAUUUAUAAUUCAUGGGAUUUUAAAACUAUUGUUAUGUGUCAUGGAAAUAUUAUAACUAAAGAUGCAAAAGAAGCAUUUAAACAUGUUUUCUUAUAA